AUGGCUAAAGCUGAAUUUGGCACUCCCAAAUAUGUGGCCAAUCAAAUGAAGGCUCGUGGGCUUCAAAAACUGCGACACUAUUGUCAGGUUUGCGAAAAACAGUGUAGAGACGAUAAUGGAUUCAAAUGCCAUGUUCAGUCAGAGUCCCACACUAAAAAGGUCCAGCAGCUUUCCUUGGAAGGCGGUGAUAACAAGAAAAGAGGCAAGAUUGCUGAGUUCUCGUCUCAAUUUGUGAAGGAUUUCAUUCAUCUUUUACGGAGCGGCCAUGGCGAUAAGUUUGUGGGGGCUAACCGGUUCUAUCAAGAAUAUAUCCAAGACAAACAGCAUAUUCAUAUGAAUGCUACAAGGUGGUCGUCUUUGACAGUUUUUGUCUCAUAUUUGGGUCAAGAGGGACUGUGUCGAGUAAAACAGGACGAUGCAGAAGGUUUGAUGAUUGCGUAUAUAGAUCGAUCAGCGGCAGCAGAACGACGCCGAAAAGAAGCUCAGAAACAAAUGCGAAAACACACAGAUGAAGAACUUGCAAUGAGGCAGCUGGAAGAGAAAAUUAGAGCUAAGAGACCUCGAGAGGAAGCACCCCUGGUUCCUCUCGGUGCUAAGAAUACGGGCGAAGAUAAACGAGUUUCAGUUUCAUUGAAGCCUGCCACGGAAACUACUUCUGUCAAAUUGAACAUGAAAAGUUCUCACAAGAAGAUUGCAAAUGUAAAGCCAAUAAAUGUCUUCAAAAGGAAGAAGACAGAUCAAGAAGUGGGCAAUGUCCAACUUGGAUAG